GCACGCCACCCGAAAGAUUCACGUACUAACUGCUAAGUCGCACCCGCGUGUGUGUGUUGAACCCCCACCAGUUGCAGGGUGUACUGCACUGUAACCCCAUGACGCAUUUAACACAUGGCCCGCCUGGAGAUACCGAGCAUAGUGGUGUAUAAAGGAAGCAGGUCGCAGGACCGACCUGAGAGUCCCACGGUGGUGGUGCGAGGAGGAAUGCCCUCACUGCCGUCCUCCAGGCAAGGCCUCGCCGUAAGUGGCUCCGGUGGUGGUGCAUCUCUCCAGGACGCCUCGGAGUCGGAUAUGAUAGACGGGAAUGCCAACCCCAACGUCGGCACCACCUCCGUACCGAACUCUCUCCACCGUCCCGCGCCCUCCUGCCCGCCGCCCGUCAAAUCGGACACUGAAAGCAAAAACUUUCGCAAUCGGACGAAUCCGAAAUUGAAGCUGUUACUUAGAAGCCAUGCCAUGAGAGAAUCGACGUCUCCGCCGCGGGAACCGCACGGCGGCAACGGUUCACCGUCGCCGCACAGUCCGCAAUCAGCGGACGGUGAAAAGAAGAUCGUGUGUAGUCUCUCGCCCAACUCUACCGGCACCAAGCUCAACAACAACGAGUCCAUGUUCAACAGCAAUCUUUGCUCUGCUCAAUCCCCCAAACAGAUGCGCAACACGGCGACCUCGCCGACCUGUCGAACACCUUCGCGAAAUGGUCAAUCUAGUCCCUCUCAGGUACACUCACCAAAGAGUAUCACUUCUCCGACCAAUGGCAAUAAAUUGGAGAACCAUCGUUCCAAAUGCGCUAAUGCGAAUAUCAUUCAAAAAUGCAAUAACUGUGUGAAGAACAAUCAGAACGAACGACCGGGUCUACUGCAGACUCCGAUAUCACCCACUAGAUCCGGUCAACCGUUGCAGCACUCACCGAAAAGCACUAAUCUUGCUCCGUGCGGCCAAAAUAACCAGCACAAAUCCGAACAACGAAGGCCGAACACGUUAAAUAUUUAUAACAAUCAAUGUUCGGCACAAUGCGGUAACUCGCUCUCGGUGAGCAGACCCGGAUCUAGGCACAAGCUAAGACAUCAGAAUUCGUCCCAGGGUUACUGCAGCUACGACAGCGCGUCGCCAUGCCUCUCGCGUGAUAGUAGCACGGAGCUGUAUACGGACAGCAGCGGAAUAGAUCUCGAGCAGUUUAUUGCGGAGACUAUAAACCGCAAUCAAAAAGAUCGCUCAGUAUUGCUGAGGAUCGAGAAGGAUUUAAUCGAGUUCGCGAAGGACCGACAGAAGGUCUCCCAUAAGUUCCCAAACAUGUCGUCGUACAACAGGAUGCUAGUGCAUCGAGUAGCAGCUUACUUCGGGAUGGAGCACAACGUGGAUCAAUCUGGUCUGUGCGUCAUCGUCACGCGGACGAAAAACAUGCGAAUACCGGACAUUCGCUUCAAGGAACACAUCAGGGACGAUCUGAUCUUGUCAGAAGAACCGCGGAGAAGCAUCUUGAAACGGGAUUCGAACUCGUUCGAGGAUAGUUUUAACUUCAAGUCGCCUGACAGAAUGUCGAACGAUUGCUGUCGGCGCAGCAAAAGUUUUGAGGAGAGGGAGGAAGAGUACGAACGCGCCAGACGAAGGAUAUUUAAGGAUAACAGUGGUGAAAGUAGUGAAAUGACUUCCUGGCCGUGGUCCUCGACAGAGAGCUCGGAUGCCUCGGCAAGAACGCCUCGCUUGCUACAUUUGGAUCACCUAGUCAGAUCAAAUCGACUUCUGAAGGGCGAGUCCUUUGACGGAAGAGAUUCGUUCCGCGGCGCGGUGUUGCGCCCAUCCGUUUCUAAGUCAUUCAGUUUCGGUGGAUAUACUAAAGGCAUGCUGUCGAGAGGGGAUAGUGUCACGUCCACACAUAGCGCGGGAGCUCGCCUCAUGAAGCAAGAUUCGGGGGCGAGUAUGUGUUCACGCUUAAGUCCAAGCCACUCGAGCAGCGGCUACAAAUCGCAGAGCCAGCGCAGUGAUGCAACGAUAUCACCGUCUCCAUCACCUUCCCCCGUACCCGCUGGCAUGACGUGUAGCCAUACUCAAGUAUCUAGUCAGGAUUUAGUCUCACCAGAGUCAGGCGGCCAAACAGUUAUAUGGGCAGUUACUAAUUUGUCCAGUGUGCCAGCCGGCAGCAUAAUAAUAAACCCGCAGACCAAUCAGCCGUAUACGAACCCGGACGGCUCGAUUUAUCAUUACGAUCCAGAUAAUCCGCCAAAGUUCUUUACCACGGAGAAUGAAACUAGCGCGGCCUUAUCCACUAACAAGCAGCAACAGCAGCAACAACAACAGCAGCCGCAGCAACAGCAGCAGCAACAGCAGCAGCAUACGGAAUUGCCCUCUGAACCGUCCAAGACGACAAAUGGCAAUCUCAAGAACGAUAGCAGAAAGCAGAAGUCCCCACAGUCGAGGAUCAAUGUUACGACUUCUCAAGGGGCUCAAGUAACAAACACAGCGACGUCGCCGAGUCUGCCGUUCACUCCGCCGCCACCAUCGCUACCUCUUUCUACUUCUACUCCGCAAAACCCAUCCAUUCCGCAACAGCAGCACCACCACCACCACCAUCAUCAUCAACAACAACAACAACAACAGCAACAACAACAGGCGCAACAACAGCAGCCGCCACCACCAACACAAACGCAGCCACAACAGCAAAGUCUAGUCAAAUCGUCAACGACGUUACCGAUGUUUAGUCAUACUAACCAAACAGCUCAACAAUCGUACGCGACCUACGUACCUACCUCAGAACCAUAUAAUCAGGGUGUCUAUCCGCCCCCUAUGGGGCAACCAACUGUGAUGAUGGCGCCUCAUCCGACUCAGGGUCAAGCCGUGCAAAAUGGCGGUCAGGGGGACGUCUUUAACCAGAAUCAGGUUUACACCAAUUACGCGGUACCUAUGCAUCAAGGACCAAUACCACAGUCAGGGGAUAUGGCCGAGUUGUCCGGAUAUUUCUUAGGGAUGAACAUUUACGAUCAACGUGGUAGCGGGGACAGCCACUCCACACCUUCACAUUCCGCGUAUCCACCACCGCCGCCCUCUGCGAACCAGACCGUGCAAAAUGUGCAGUCGAUUCAACCGAAUUAUUGGCAACCACCGCCGAAUCAAAUACCGUCUCAGCAGACUAUGUACUUCGUGCCUCCACCAGGAACGGCGAUCUCUGUCGGUCAGAAUCCGGGAGACAGGCAGCAG